GCAGAGAAGCACCUACAUUCCAAGAGGUUUCCGCGAUUGCUCUGACCAUGCUUGCUGCCGCACUACACCUCCCGAGUUUGCUGCUAGCCUGCGCGCUCCUGAAGAGCUGCGUGGCAUUCAAAAACGAUGCAACCGAGAUCCUUUAUACCCACGUUGUCAAAACUGUCCCGCCCGGUAGCCACAACAACACCAUGAAUCAAGCGAGGCACGGAGGCAGACAUGCAGGAUUCGAUCGGAGCAGUCGAGUUCAAGUUGGAUGUCGGGAACUGAGAUCAACAAAAUACAUUUCAGAUGGUCAAUGUACUAGCAUAAACCCUUUGAAAGAGUUAGUAUGUGCUGGGGAAUGCCUUCCUUUGCCAGUGCUACCUAACUGGAUUGGGGGAGGUUAUGGAUCCAAGUACUGGAGCAGAAGAAGUUCACAGGAAUGGAGAUGUGUCAAUGACAAAACUCGCACCCAGAGGAUUCAGCUGCAGUGUCAAGAUGGAAGCACAAGAACCUACAAAGUAACUGUGGUUACAGCUUGUAAGUGUAAACGUUACACAAGACAACACAAUGAAUCAAGUCAUAACUUUGAAGGAGCAACGCAAGCUAAGCCAAAUCAACAACAUAAAGAAAGAAAAAAGAACAGUAAAACCACGAAGCAGUCUCCAAGUUAA